AUGUCCCGGUCUUUCUAUGUCGACUCCUUAAUCAUCAAAGACUCCUCGAGGCCAGCUCCGUCCCUGCCUGAGCAUCACCACGGCCAGGACUUCUUCAUCCCUCUCAGCAUGCCGUCCCCCCUCGUCAUGUCGGUGUCGGGCCCGGGCUGCCCGUCCCGCAAGAGCGGCGCUUUCUGCGUCUGCCCGCUCUGUGUCACCUCGCACCUGCACUCCUCCCGCGGCGGCGGCGGCGGCGGCGGCGCCAUCCCCCUCGUCAAGAGCCAGUUUCCCGGCGGCGGCGGCGAGGCCCCGUGCUGCCCGCGGGCGGGCCACGCUCACCACCCGCCGCAGCACCCGCCGCCCGCCGCCGCCGUGCCCGCCGCCGCCGCCGCCCUGGGGCACCCGGCGCACCACGCACCUGCCUGCGCCGCCGCGACCUACAGCGUGAGCGACCCCCGGAGGUUUCACUGCCUCGGCAUGGGAGGGUCCGAUUCCAGCCAAAUUCAAAACGGGAAAAGGAUGAGGACGGCUUUCACCAGCACCCAGCUCUUGGAGCUGGAGCGGGAGUUCUCCUCCAACAUGUACCUGUCCCGACUGCGGAGGAUCGAGAUAGCCACUUACCUGAACCUGUCCGAGAAGCAAGUGAAAAUCUGGUUCCAAAACAGGAGGGUGAAACAUAAGAAAGAAGGCAAAGGCACCCAGCGAAACUCGCACGGGGGUUGCAAGUGCAGCACCAGCCAGGGGCAUUACCCCAGGUCAGAGGACGAAGAAUCUUUAUCCCCCUCAUCGGCGACCGAGGAUAAAGAGAUCUCGCUGCUAUAG